GAAGGAGGAGCCAAAAAAGAAAGAAUGCCUCCAUAUCUCAUGUGUAUUAUCAUAACCACAGUGCACAGUUUCUGCUGACCCUCCCAUGACCUGGCUCCACCCAUGAUGACCAUGGGUCAAACUGACCAAUGGCUUCAAAGAAUAAUGCAGAACAAAGGGUCCAGACAUUGUCUGUGAAGCAUAAAAGGCCACCAUUUCUAGCAGAAGUAUGCACUUGCUUCUGACACUCCUGUGGUCACCAGCAACCUCCUAGACUUGCCAUCAUGGUGAACUUUACUGCUGAGGAAAAGACCCUCAUCAAUGGUCUAUGGAGUAAGGUGAACGUUGAAGAGGUUGGUGGUGAAGCCUUGGGAAGGCUUCUUGUUGUAUACCCAUGGACCCAGAGAUUCUUUGACAGCUUUGGAAACUUGUCCUCUGCCUCUGCCAUAAUGGGCAACCCAAGGGUUAAAGCCCAUGGCAAGAAGGUGCUGACUGCUUUUGGAGAAGCCAUUAAGAACCUAGACAACCUCAAGUCUGCCUUGGCCAAGCUCAGUGAAUUGCACUGUGACAAGCUACAUGUGGAUCCUGAGAACUUCAAACUCUUGGGUAAUGUGCUGGUGAUUGUUUUGGCUAGUCACUUUGGCAACGAAUUCACGGCUGAGGUGCAGGCUGCCUGGCAGAAGCUGGUGGCUGGGGUGGCCACUGCGCUGUCCCACAAGUACCACUGAGCCCUCUCUCUAGCUUGUCCAGCAAUCUUGUGUGUCCCUUAUGCCUUGUUUCUGCACAUGAGUACUGGACUAGUUCUUGAAAACACAGCAUGUUUAAUAAAGAUCAUUCUU